GUUCUGUGUCAAUACUUGUCAAUGUUACGGACUUCUCUGUUGUUUGUUCUGUAGGAGUUUUUCCAGUUUUUCUUUUUUAUGUUAUUUCUAACCUUAAUCUGGAAAUCGGGAAAUCAUACCGCACGUGUGCAUUUAGAUUUUUCGUUCUCAAUCGCGAAAUUUAGAAAUAAUUGCAUUUAUAGCUCGAAAUGCUGAAUUGUCAUUCCCAGAGCCUGCUCGAAGAAUACUUGUAACAAAAGAAGCUAUGAUUUUUCAGAACUUCAAAAUUAUCCAUCAAAAUUAACUAUCAUUUUCGUCGUUUCACCUUUCCAUUGCAUUGUUUCUACAAAUGUUCAAUUAACCUUCCAUAUCUUCUAAAAACUAUCCUAAUGUUGUUUAAAAAGCGUUCAAAAUGCUGAGGAUAGCCAAAAUACACCAUAUCACCAGACUGCUCAAUGCUCCAGUUAUUCGCACUAGUCUUGUAAACAUAGCAAAUGAUGGAUACGAUAGUCGUUUGGGAUGUAAGAUUGCAUUUAUAAACAGAAAUUAUUGUAGUAGCAGGAAAGGAGAUGGAGAAAAGGUAGGCGAUGAAUCUAUCAAAUCCCAUCCUCAAUCCAAACCCUGUGAGUCCCAAGACCCUGUGAAGCUUAAAGAGUGUCAACCUGUUAGUAUCCAUCCAUGCAAACCACCCCCUCCAGGAUUCCCCACGAAAAUUCCAUCUGUCAAACAAUGCUCUACACCUAAUAUGAUGAGCGAAAUGCCUGAACCUACUUGUCCAUUCGAUGAAGAAGAUGGAAAACGUAGAGCUAGUUAUAGGAAGUUAUUUUUAUUAGGGUUAUUGUUUACAGCCAUCACUCUGGGUACAGUAUGGAACUUGGGGAUGUUUGACUAUCAUGAAGAAAACAUCAGAAACAAGAAGGAGAAACCAAAAUCAGAUAAUAAAAGAAAACAAAGACAAAAAAGAGCCAUUAUCAAAGACCCACCUACCUCGAAAGAAAUCCCAUCAAACGUUCCAUACCUCCUCAUUGGCGGAGGCACUGCAUCUUUCGCUGCAUUCCGAGCAAUCAAAUCAUCUGAUCCUACAGCCAAGGUCUUAGUGGUUACAAAUGAAUCAUUCUUUCCAUACAUGAGACCACCAUUGUCUAAGGAAAUAUGGUUCAAUGAUGAUCCUGAAGCUGUAAAAAAGUUGAUCUUCAAACAGUGGAAUGGCUCUGAAAGGAGUUUAUUCUAUGAGCCAGAUGAUUUCUACACAAAAUGUCAAGAACUCAUGGAAAACCCAAAUGGAGGUGUAGCAGUAGCAAGGGGUUGGCAAGUGAUAGAAGUUGAUGUUAUUGCGAAAAAGGCAAUUUUGGAAGAUGGUUAUGCUAUCCAUUAUGAUAAGUGCCUACUGGCUACAGGUGCUACUCCAAGAUUGUCACCCAUCUUUGAAGUAGCUGUAGCAGAUGAGAAGAUAGCCGAAAAAGUUAAAUUGUUUAGGAAUAUUUAUGAUUUUGAAGAAUGUAUGGAAGCCUAUAAUCAGUCCAAAACCAUUGCCAUAGUCGGUGGCGGAUUUUUGGGUAGUGAAUUAGCUUGUGCCAUGGCUAGAAGAGAUAAGAAGAAAACUAAAACCAUAUAUCAACUGUUUAGAGAAGGUGGAAACAUGGGAAAGAUCCUGCCAGAAUACUUGAGUUAUUGGACCACAGAGAAGGUUAAAGCAGAAGGGGUUACUGUGAUGCCAAAAACUGAAGUGAUAGGGGUUAAAAACGACGGAAAAGGUCUGGAGUUAGAGUUGAGCAACAAUAAGAAACUUCAUGUAGAUUUUGUGUUGGUAGCAAUUGGCGUAGAACCGAACACAGAGUUAGCAGAAAAGUCAGAUUUGGAAGUAGACCCUGAAUUAGGCGGAUAUCUUGUGAAUACGGAGUUACAAGCUAGGAGUGAUCUCUACAUUGCUGGCGACGCAGCCUGCUUCUACGACGCGCGACUAGGCAGAAGGCGCGUCGAACAUCACGAUCACGCUGUGGUAACUGGCCGCUUGGCUGGCGAGAAUAUGACCGGCGGCCGGAAGCCGUACCUCCAUCAAAGCAUGUUCUGGAGCGACCUGGGGCCGGACGUAGGGUUCGAGGCGAUAGGAGUGGUGGAUUCUUCAUUGCCUACCGUCGCGGUGUUCGCCAAGGCUACGGGUAGGGACCACCCGCAAGCGGUGGUUACGCAAGAGAAAGAGGGGCUCAGGUCGAAUACGGAAGAGAUACCUCAAGAGUGUGAUAAGUACGCGUCCGAAGAAAAACGGACGGAGCUAGAAGAGGCCAGAAAGCAGAGUAGCGAACCUAACAAAGCCGAGGGCGAGGAUUUCGGAAAAGGUGUCAUUUUCUACUUGCGCAACGAUAUCGUAGUGGGCAUAGUGUUGUGGAACGUUUUCAACAGGAUGUCCGUGGCCAGGCAGGUGCUGAAAGACCAACGGAAGUACGAGGACUUGAACGAGGUUGCGAAACUGUUCAAUAUACACGAGGAUGAUAUGAGUGAGGCUGCGGCCAGCGAGUAAUACGGGCACGUGGUUCGGUCCGUCGGUUUUUUUUAGCAUUCUGUAAUUUGUAAUCGUUAAGUAUUAUAUUGAAGUUGUUUUUCAAAAGA